AUGCAGAUUUGGAAGGGAGCCACUUUCCAGAAACGCAAGCUCUUCUUGAAAACAUUGCUAAAAUACAUCCUUCAAAAUCAAGAAGAGAUUUGCAGGGUUGCCUCCAUUGAUUCAGGCAAGCCCCUGGUGGACGCUGCCUUUGGCGAAGUGAUGGUCACCUGCGAGAAGAUUGCAUGGCUGAUCAAAGAAGGGGAGAAGCAUCUGCGGCCCGAGCACCGCUCUUCUGGAGCCAUGAUGUUCUACAAGGCUGCCAGGGUGGAGUACCAUCCUGUGGGAGUGGUGGGGGCGAUUGUGCCCUGGAACUACCCCUUCCACAACGUCUUCAACCCCUUGACGGCCGCCCUCUUUGCUGGGAACGGCCUCGUCAUAAAGGUGUCUGAACACGCGUCCUGGUCCUCACAGUACUAUGGCCGCAUCAUCUCUGCCGCCCUUCAGGCUGUAGGCGCGCCGGUGGAUCUGGUGCAGAUAGUGACGGGGUACGCGGAGGCAGGGAACGCGCUGGUGACAGGCGGCGUGGACAAGGUCAUCUUUGUGGGCAGCACCGGGGUCGGCCGCGCGGUGCUGUCGGCAGCCGCGCACACCCUCACGCCCGUCGUGCUGGAGCUGGGCGGCAAGGACGCCUUCAUCGUGUGCGACGACGCCGACCUCUCACAGGCGAGCAGCUACCCUUGCAGCUUGCUCACAAAUCACCUUUGCUCACUUCAGUUGCGGCUUGCGGUGCCGACAGCGCUGAGGGGGGCGUUUCAGAGCUGCGGCCAGAACUGCGCGGGCGCAGAGCGCUUCCUUGUGCAGGCACCGGUGUUUGAUCGCUUUGUUGACGCGGCUGUGGGAGUCGCGCGGCGGCUGCGGCAGGGGCCGGCCCUGGGGGAUGUCCCUGUGGACUGCGGCGCCAUGUGCAUGCCCGGCCUGGCCGACAAAGUCGCGCACCUCGUGGAGGAGGCCGUCGCCGACGGCGCCAAGGUGCUGGUGGGGGGACACCUGGUGGCGCACGAGAGCGGCGGCCAGUUCUAUGCGCCCACAGUGUUAGUAAACGUCACACCGGCCAUGCGCAUCUGGCGCGAGGAGGUCUUCGGCCCCGUCAUGGUCAUUGUGCGGUUUAGUGAUGAUGACGAGGCGGUGCGCCUGGCGAACGACUGCCCCUUCGGCCUCGGCUCGGCCGUCUUCUCCCGCAGCCAGCGCCGCGCCAACGAUAUUGGCCGCCGCCUGCAGGCGGGCAUGACGUCGAUCAAUGAUUUUGCGACGACGUACAUGUGCCAGUCGCUGCCCUUUGGCGGUGUAAAGGAGAGCGGGUUUGACCGCUUUGCUGGCAUCGAGGGCCUGCGAGGCCUCUGUGUGCCCAAGGCUGUCUGCGAGGACAGAUUUCCAUGGCUGAUGCGCACAGACAUACCGCCACUUCUGCAAUACCCGGUUGGAGAUGCAGCCUUCCCAUUUGUGUGUGGGCUCAUCUCCAUGUUCUAUGGGCUGAGCUUGAGGGACAACCUGUCAGGCCUCUGCACUGUGAUCGCGUGCUUCCUCGGGGUUGGCAAGAAGGCUAGCCACAAGAAAAGCAAGUGA